AUGGAAGAUUAUAAAGAAGGAGAAAACGUUUUAGUUACGCCCAAGGCAGAAACAUACGACUUAGACAUGGAGUUUGAAGACGGUGAUGAGGAAGCCGAUGACCUUGACAUGAAAAACUUGUCGGCAAAGGCUUGGUUGGUGAAAUUGCCAACAUUUCUUGCAAAAAAGUGGUCUGAAAUCGAACAGGAAGACGUUGAUCUUGGGUGUGUGAGGAUUCAUGAGUCGGGGAAGAUUGAAUUAAUCCUUUCUGAUAAUAAGAUAUAUGCUGAGAUGCCACGAGAAUAUGACCUAGAAAUAACAAAUACAGAUGUCAAGGAUUCAUAUUCUUUUGUUCUAAAAAGAGACGAGAAUGGAAUGGAGACAGGACCAGUCGCGAUCCAAGCAACCGUUCAUCAUAAUUGUUACAUUAGACCAUAUGCGAGUGACGAGUACAGACAAAAGGUGCGACAGAGAACUAUAGAAGCAUCCCAACCUAAACGAACAGUGCAAGUGAUGAGUCCAGAUGAGAAUCGUGGUGCUUAUGUUCCUCCUGGUUUGCAAGCUUCAUCAGCGGACAAUUUUGGAAAGUUUGUUUCAAAGAAAACAAAAAUUCCGAUGGAACAAAAAACCACUCGUAUGCCGAAAAACGAACUCAUCGAUUUGCUCUUUCAAGCCUUCGAAGAGUAUGCUUAUUGGAGUUUAAGAGGGUUGAAAGAUUAUGUCAAACAACCAGAAUCUUAUUUGAAAGAUGUGUUAACAGAGAUCGCGAUUUUGGAUAAGCGUGGUCCUUAUAAUAAUUGUUAUCACUUAAAACCAGAGUACAAACGCGAGAAUGAACCAACAAAUGAUUCGAUCGCACCGAAUGGAUUGGAACCGCCGAAUGGGGAUUCUGCAAUGGUAAUUGAUGAUGAUGACGACGAGGUGGAAGAAGAGGGAAACGUGGAAGGUGGUGAUGAAGACGAAGAGUUUGAUGAUGCAGAAUUGUUUGGCGAUGGUAGCGAUUAA